AUUUGCAAAUAUCGUUGAAAAUACCUUUACUUUAAUGAUGUUGGGCUUAGUAUUUUAUUUUGGUAUCGUAUUUUGUCUACAUGGAUUUUUAUUACUUAGUUGCGAAGGACUAUAUCGUACUAUGUGCGAUCUUGAAUGGUAUAAAUUAGAACCGAAAAAGGCAAGGACUCUUAUUUUAUUAUUGAUACGAACUAGCCAACCUUUUCGCAUCACUGCAGGAAAAAUAUUUCCACUUACUAUGACUACAUUUUGCAGUCUGUUAAAAACGUCAGCUGGUUACAUAUCCUUCCUAUUGGCAAAUCAAGGAUGA